GCUGAUUCGGAUGCAGCUGUCUCCUAAGGACACGACAGGGGUUUGGGCAACUUCACUACAAAUUAAGCGAGAUUUGUUUCUGAUUUUGAUGCAAGAUUUAUGUUCUAGAGCCUGGUCGACCGGAACCUACCGUAACAUGGAUGAACGGGGACGAGGUGAUGCAGACGGGUGGCGGCGUAUCGAUGGGACGCCAUGUGACAGUGAACCGCUUGGAGAUACAUAAAAUAACGCGAGCUGCACUGAACAACACGUACAAAUGUCAAGCAUCCAACACGAUCCUGGUGCCACCGGCAGAGCGAACCGUCCGAGUAGAGAUGCUGCUGAAACCAGUUUCAACGUCUCUGUCGUUCAAACCCAAACAAUUAAUAGCAGACCAAGAGUACAGCUUAUCCUGUGAUGUGGAAGGAUCAGUGCCGGAUACCGAGAUUAGAUGGAUGCAAAACAAUCGUGUCUUUUCGAAGGGGAAUAAUAAAACGCUUACCAACAACUCAGUGGUAACGUCAGUUCUCACAUUUCGACCGAAGCCCGAAGACGACGGAACUAUCCUUAAAUGUGAAGGUUCCAAUCCACGGCUGCAGAGCUUUGUGCUGGAGGAUUCUGUCAUCAUGAAUGUGAUGUAUCCACCGCAAGUGACAUUGAAACUCGGAUCGACGCUUAAUGCGGAAGACAUCAAGGAGGGCGAUGACGUCUACUUCGAAUGUCACAUUAAGGCAAAUCCGAGAGAACACCGCAUUACAUGGUCCCACGAUGGUUUACCAGUGACACAGAAUGUGACAUCGGGGGUGAUUAUUUCGACGCGUUCUCUGGUGUUGCAACGAGUCGGACGGUACCAUUCCGGAAUGUAUGCUUGCUCCGCAGCCAACGACAGAGGCGAAACCCAGAGCGAGCCAACGGAGCUGAAGAUUCACUUUGCGCCGGUUUGCGCCUCCAGCAGUAUCAUGAUCGUUGGUGCAUCAUUGGACGAGCGGGUUCCGGUUCCGUGCCAUGUAGUGUCCAAUCCGCGAGACGUUUCGUUCGACUGGAACUUCUCCAACAGCGGCGAGCGCUUCGAGGUAACCAGUGGUCAGUUUAAUCUGCUGCAGGAUUUUCACUCGUCAAUCGGGGACAGUGACGAGUUCGGUGAGAACCCUUCGGUGUUCGGCGGCUCGGACGAGAAUCUAGAAACAAUUUACGAGCUACUCUAUACCCCCAAGAGUGAACGAGACUACGGCACGCUCGCUUGCUGGGGGAAGAACUCGAUUGGCAAGCAACUUGAACCGUGUCUGUUUCAGGUCGUUCCCGCAGCGAAACCAGCCCCGUUGCGCAACUGCACCCUCCGGCCGUACUCAACGAUGCUGGUACCACCUCACGGUACAACAUCUAAUUCAUCUGCAGCGUCAGCAUCUUCGUCUUCGUCGUCGGGAUCGUUUUACUACGGUUCGCCCGGCAGCAGUAGUGACCUGGAAACGGCCGCCGCAGCCUCAGCUUCAAUGUCUUCGUCGGCGUUUUCGUCAAACGGAGUCCCCACCAUAGGUCAGCAUUAUCGAGAAUCUAAUUAUAUCAGCACACAAUUCGUUAAAGAUCGAAACGUGUCAAACGAGCGAGCGAAUAUUACAAAAUUUAAUCAGAGAAAUACGUUUCACGGCAGCACGAGUGGAGGUGGUGGUGGGGACACAAUAUUGAGAAGACGUGAACAGAUCAAACAGAGAAAUGCCACCCUAAAUAGGAUGGGUGUUGGUGGCAGCCGUGAAAGAAUUAGUGCAUUCAGUCAGCACAGAGUGCGAUUGACCCCCAAUGAAGCCGAUGAAGACGACGAAGGGGACGAAAGAGGGGAGCCACGGGUGGCUGCCCAAAUAUCAUCAUCAGCACUCACAGCAACAUCCGCAUCAGAAGAAGUGGCAGGAUCAGCAGAAGCAUCCGGCUCGUCUAGUUUUUCACCAUCAACUGGAUCGUUCUCGUCAUCUGAUUCGUUCUCGGCAUCAUCCUCAUCGGCCUCGACCACCAGCGACGAAGAGAAUAGGAGAAAAACAAUUUCGAAUAAUGAAAGAACUAGUAGCAUGAAUUUGUUUAACACCGUAACGCUAGUCGAAGAGAGCUUCCAAUCUAACUCUUAUUCGACCAACGGUGUUGGAAACCGGUUGCAAACUGCAGGAACUACACCCAAUGCUAAUCACAGACUGGUGAAAAGAGAGAAACGUUUUAAUGAAAAUCUAGAAAAUGAAAUAAAUAAAACACAUUUCGACGAUGAUGAUGAAAUUUUCAAUAGCACCACCAAUGGCAAUCAGGACGACGAGGAAAGCAUUAGAACUAUCCAACCGGGCAGCAUCGGCAGCAGUAGCAGCGUUAGUUCGAAUGCCGGCCCUAGCGAAAGGAAUAAUUAUCAUAGCACGACCGGAGAGCUACCGAUUGCAGCGAAAUUGAGAUCCAAUAAUAUUCGGUACAAUCAGUACCACUCUCUGGAAACGGGAAGCAGUGCGAGGCACACAGGUGCUGUCGGUUAUAAUCCCGGCACCGGUGUACAUCCGUUCAACCAUUAUAUGGAGAGCGUCGAAAGUAGCGCACCGACUACGAUGGAGCUCGAGUGUGUUGCCGGAUAUGACGGGGGAUUGCCACAGCAUUUUUUUCUUGAGGCCUAUGACUCGAGAACACGAAGACUGCGUCUGAAUAUCACAAGUGCCCUUAACGAUGUUCCGUUAUUUCGUAUCGAUUUGUCUGAGCUGAUCCCCAGCGAAUCCUAUACACCAACCCUUCACCUGAUUGCGUAUAGUGUAAAUCAGAAAGGACGCUCGGAGCCAACGAUUCUCGAGGACAUAGCGAUUAAUGAAGCUGAAAAAAGGACAGACGGAAGCGAUGGCUUUUCAAUUCUCCCGCUUGCGGCUUUACUCACCGGAGCCUUGUUCACCAUUGGCAUCGCUGUCCUGCUGGUCGUGGUCUUGGCCAUACGGAGGAAACGUGACGGCCAUGGUACCGGCUUGUGCGAUGGCAAAGAGAAGCAUAUGGGCAUGGACAUCACUGUAACCACACCACUGGAAAUGGGUAUGGGCCAGCAGAAGUAUGUGGUCGCCUACACGCUCAAACAGGGCGUCGAAAAGCAGCCGGACAUAUUGAACGCACAGAAAACCCAAGGCUCAGCCAGCAUACAAUCGAUAAAGGACAUUCAGAAGAUGGGCUCCCCAUUGGGAAUAAGACCGGAUGCAUUGUGUAGCACAGGGACAACAACAGGGGGUGGCAGUAUAGGGGCUAAACAAAGCACAAUCUAUGCCACACAAACAUACGACCAAAAAUCGACACCUUCUAGCCGGCAAAGCACGUUAAAACGGAAUGAUACUUCCAACACGUACAGUUUGCUACAGCAGCAGCAACAACCGCAUCAUCUCCAGAGUAAACCUCCGCCAGCUACCGCCACUGGUUUACCACAGUAUUCUGCUAGUUACGCAUCUGGUGAAAGCGGGUUGUUGGAUUACGACAAACCAUACGGCUAUUCAACACUUCAGUAUAAUCACAAUCCACCUCCCCUAGUGGAUCCCUACAGCUAUAAAAGCUCAUCGACGGAUCCGACUGAUCCGCUGGACUACGACAAAAAUCUCGACUAUCGACUGCUUAACAUAUCCAACGAGAUUAAAAAUAGCUCCGCCACCAACCAUAUCGAGUAUAGGAACAAUAGCCACAAUAGUAGUAACAAUCUGCAAACCGUUGUAAGCGGCAAUAGUGCAGGUAGUAUUAGGCCCCAUACCGGAAGCAUGGGCGGAAGCGCAGGCAACCCAGAGUACCGGUAUUCUGGCUCCGAGUUCGCAACGGAUUUGAUGGAUUUCAGCAACGUUCCAUCGCCGUCUUCCUCCACCAACAUCGGGGCGACACUGUCGAAAAAUCGAAACCGACAGCACAUAAUCACCGAUACGCUACCGGGCCCGGAAAGUUGCGUGUAGAGCCGCACAGCUGCUAUCAUUCCUGUAUAAAUAGUAGAGUCACGGUAUAUCAGAGACGGCAUACUUACUGUUAGACGAUGGCGCUUUUCGAAAUUGUAAUAAUCUACAAUACCCCGUUGUUAAUUACUAGUUAAAUUUGGGAGAGUGUACGAGUGUUGCUGUGUUGCGUUACGUUGAGAUUAUAGAGCAAUUGUGUUCCCGCCGAACAGAUAAACAUCUAGUAUUUUAAUGUUUUCAUUCGUCGACAAGCGCACGAAGAACGAAUCUUUGUUUUCCUAGACAACAAGAACGAAAACAUCUUCCCAUAUCAUAUGCUGGUUUAGGCAAGUAAUUAGAUUUAUUUUUGUGCUGUGAAAGCAGAUGUGCAGACAGUGCGUACAUCCAAGCAUGAUGUUAUCCUUUCUGUAUUUCUUGAAAUACGAUCCAAUAAUAAUCAACUUACCGCUGGCCUGACCAAGAGGAAUGGCCACUUUUGGUUUAUGCAGUCUGAGCAGAAUCGAAAUACAGCAAGGAUAUAUGUUCCUGUAAUGAGGUGAUAGCAUAUGGAAAGCUUAAAAUGUCUUCCAACCACGUAAUGUAGGAAACUGAUAUGAAACAAUUCAAACUAAUUUAAGUUCAAUGAAAUACGAAACAAGUAGGGCUAUGUGAAACGACGAUGACGAUUCAAUAGAGGAUGCACAUCAUUCGGAAUGCUAAUUAUUCGUCUCAUAUCACUUCUAUUAUCUUUUAGUUCAAAUUACAAAUUUAAUAACCUGUGUUUGGAAUAACAACGAAAUAAUUAGCUUAACUUUGAAUAACACAUAAAUGAAGGGCAUGGAGUAACCUUCUUUUGAAUAUUAAAAAUGCGGCUUGUGUGUCCUUUCAUUCAUUUGUGUCGUUUAAUUUUUCUGUUACAUUGAUUUGCUGCAUAAGUCAUUUUACUGCGAAAGUUAAUAUAAGUCAUAAAAAUGCUACAGACAUCCGCGACGC